UAACAAGAUGGCGUAUCCUUCCGGCGUAUCGGGAGUUGUAGUCCCAUCGUCUCGUAUGGUUUUCUGACUAAUAGAGUUCAAGCAGGAACAAAACUACAUUUCCCGGUGGGCUACAGUUUUAGCCGUGGAAAAGGAGGAGGAGCGGAGGAGGAGGAGAAGAAGAAGAAAGCUACAACAUGGCGGCAGCGUCUAUUCCCCAGAAGUGGGACUUGUGAGGAGCGAAGCCCCAGGAGCUGGAGCAGCUCUGACUGUGCCAGGUUCUGGUUUUGGGGUGCUAGCCCCACCCCCUUCCCUUUAGCGGAAGUGGGGCCUGCACCCCUCAACUGUUCAUAGCCAUGGGGGUGCAAGGCUUCCAAGAGUUCGUGGAAAAGCGCUGCCCAGGGGCUGUGGUGCCUGUGGACCUGUUGAAGCUGGCACGGGCCGUAGGGGGCCGUGGAGGCGGGGCCCCUACCUACUGUGCCACCUUCCACCCAUCUGCUGGCUACACCCACCCACCCGGGACUGCACCAGGGCUGGGAUCUGUGGUUGGUGCUAGUCCAUACUCGCACCCUCAACACUCUCCAGGGUUGGCAUGCCCAUGCCCAACUCGGCUCUUGGUGGACGCUGAUUCUGCCUUGCAACGCUUGUAUGGUGGCUACCAGACAGACUGGGUGUGUGGGGGCCAGUGGAAUGCUAUGGUGGGUUACCUGGCUGCCCUUUCGCAGGCCUGCCUCUAUCAAGGUGGGCUGGAGUUAGCUGUCAUCUUCAAUGGAGGGCUUGGAAAGGAGAGGCUGCCAGAGUGGGGCAGGAAGGCACAGGCUGAGAGACAGACAGCUCAGCUGAUUGCUGGGCACGUGGGCAACAAAGGUACUCCGCCACCCCGGGCCUGGUUCCUUCCUCCCGCCUGCUUGGGGCACUGCGUCCGCCUGGCCAUGAUUCGGUUCCGAGUUAAGGUGUUCCAGAGCCUGGAGGAUCAUCACCAGGAAGUAGUAUCCUUCUUCCGGGAAAAUGGCUUCCAUGGGCUUAUUGCCCAUGACUCGGAGUAUGCCCUCUGCAACAUACCCUCCUACUAUAGUUCCCAUGCCCUCAAACUGAGCUGGAAUGGCAAGAACCUCACCACCAACCAGUUCCUGAUGCAAGAGGUGGCCAAGCAGCUGGGCCUCAAGCUAAGCAGCUUUCCCAUCUUUGCUGCCUUGCUAGGGAACCACAUCCUUCCAGAUGAGGAUCUAGCUGCCUUCCAUUGGAGCCUUCUUGGACCAGACCACCCACUGGCCUCACUCAAGGUGCGUGCCCACCAGCUGGUCCUGCCACCCUGUGAUGUGGUCAUCAAGGCUGUGUCUGAGUAUGUCAGCUCCAUAAAAAAUUCCUUCAACCUGGAUGUGAUAGGGAGAGACGUCUUCAAACACUCCCAGUCCAGGACUGAAGAUAAAAUUGAGCGUUUCAAGAAGGCUGUAGAAUAUUAUUCAGUGGCCACAAAGGCAUCCCCUACAUCAGUGGGCCAGUCCCCGUAUGUUCUUCCAGCUUUUGGGCCCAACCACUUUGGAGGGGCAGCACCUAUGACUCGCAAUCCAGUGGUACCGCUUUCUUCUGGGAAGGCUCUGUUUGCACCUCAGAUGGGGCCAAAGAUGCAGUACCAGCCGCCUGCCACACACGGCGGUGUUGCCACCUCUUCGUCUUUUCUUCCUGGCCCUGGCUCCAGUUUUCUCUUCUCUCCACAUGGCCUGGUGGAUGCAGCCCCCUUUCAUGAAGACCCUGCCUUGAAGGGUGGACACUUCAACAACUGGCCGCCAGUAUCUUACGACAACUGUCCCGCCAAGUUUCCCAACCACCAUCUGAGUUCCAAGCCCUCCCCGUCAUCUGGGCCUGGGUCUUCUCCUUCCUCAUCCUCUGAUGGAGAAGAACACAAUGGAACCAGCUCCAACCAUGUCUCGGAUACAGUGCCUUGCAAGUCUGGCUGGGAGGAUCCUGGAGGUGAAAAGAUGAUGAGCCAGGGCUGGGGCCAGCCACCUGGCGGCACUGGCAACUCGGAGAGGAACCUGAGUGGGCCUGAGGCUCACAUCCCCUCUCUGCUCUCCAUGGCGACACGCAAUCACAUGGACAUCACCACCCCACCCUUGCCCACCGUUGCCCCCGAGGUGCUUCGUGUGGCUGAGCACAGGCACCGCCGGGGGCUUAUGUACCCUUUCAUCUACCAUGUCCUUACCAAGGGCGAAAUCAAGAUCCCAGUGUGCAUUGAAGAUGAGUGCAACACAGAGUUGCCGCCGGCAGCUGUGCUUUUCCGAGCCGCACGGCAGUACGUCUAUGGCGUCCUCUUCAGUGUGGCUGAGACCCAGCGGCGGAUGGAACGCCUGGCUGUGCGCAAGCGCAUCCCUGUGAAAACUCCUCCUGUUAUCAUCAAGGAAUGGUCAGCAUACAAGGGGAAAUCCCCACAAACUCCAGAAUUGGUAUCGGCCCUUGCCUUUCGAGAGUGGACCUGCCCCAACCUCAAGAAGCUGUGGCUGGGCAAAGCAGUGGAGGACAAGAAUCGACGCAUGAGAGCCUUCCUGGCCUGUAUGAAAUCAGACACACCUGGCAUGCUCAAUCCCGCCAACGUCCCCACACACCUGCUGCUUAUGUGCUGUGUGCUACGAUACAUGAUACAAUGGCCUGGAGGCCGGAUCCUACACAGACAUGAGUUGGAUGCCUUCCUGGCACAAGCUGUAUCUGCUCAGCUAUAUGAGCCAGAUCAGCUUCAAGAACUGAAGAUUGAGAAAUUAGAUCCUCGGGGAGUUCAGCUGGCUGCUCUGUUUAUGAGUGGGGUGGACACAGCCCUCUUUGCCAAUGAUGCUUGCGGGCAGCCCGUGCCCUGGGAGCAUUGCUGUCCAUGGAUCUACUUUGAUGGGAAGCUGUUCCAGAGCAAGCUUAUCAAAGCCACGUGGGAGAAGGCACCACUGAUAGACCUGUGUGAUGGACAGAAUGAACAGGUGUCCAAGGUGGAGAAGAUGAGGCAGAGCAUUCUAGAAGGCAUCAACCUCAACCGUCAGGCCCCACCUCCUCUACUCCCACCUCCACCUUUUGUGUCUUCUAUGGCCCCACCCUUUUACCCAAUGCCUUUCUACCCUCGCACCAUUGGUUCUGUUCAGCCUCCAGCCCCUGGAAGGACCAGAGGCUUCACAGGUCUCCAUCCUAUCCCGCCACAAGGAGGCAAAUUGGAGAUUGCUGGUAUGGUGGUGGGCCAGUGGGCAGGAAGCAAGCCCUCCCGGGGACAGGGCUCCUUUGGCAUGCAAGUAGUGUCAGUUGGAGGCCCAGGGAAAGGCCGUGGCCGUGAUGGCUCUGGAAAAAUCCCCAAAGGAAACAAGAAAGUGAACAAGCAAGGCUCUACUGAUAGAGUUACCAAGACACCAGAGUUCAACAACAACAGUGGUGGCAGCGGUGUUAACAGCUGUCCCCAGUCCCAGGUGAACGGGAAUGGGGGCACCACCUCCACAGUGGGUGAGGACCCUGGGGCUGGAGCCUGCCCCUCAGCCACAUCACCUUGUGCCUUAGCCAGAGACGCUGACUCAUGCAAUAACAAUAGCCCUUUCUUUGGGACGCUGAGCGGGGACCCUGAACGGUGCCCAGAGAACAAGCUUUCCUUCUCAGCUCUGCAGAAAGAGGAGUGAAUAGAAGCCGCUGCAGGUCCGAUUGGCUGGCAAUGGGAAGAAGAGGGCCAGGGGAGUGAAGAGAAAAGUGAUGUAACACCACCAACUUGGGGGGAGGGAGCUGGAGGGAAGAUACAAUACUUGAACAUAUCCCUAGAAUGCAAACGUUCUUGAAUGCUGCUGGGAAUCAUACAGUAGCGGGCGGGGGGGGGGCUUCCUUGAUAACUCACAUUUGGAGGUUUUGUGUGAUGGAUGCCUCUGCUCUCCUGUAAACAGCAGAUAUUAUUAGAGGGUGGGGUGAAGUGGAAUGGCUUGGGCUCUUGUCCCUCCCUUGAUGACCACAUCACCUUUUUUUUUUUGGCUUCCCUUGAAUUUGCCAUUGCGCCAAUCGGAUCCAAAAGGCAGCAUUUUGUUCUUCGUUUAAGUUUAUUUGAAUAUGUUUUGAUUUCUUUUUUAAUUUUAUAGGGGGGGAGUUGUUUUUAUGGUGCAAGUAUUAUGGUAAUUCUGGAUUUGGGGAAGGGGAUAUUUUUUUAAAGGAGAAAAAGCCGGCAAGG